UAUCGUCGCAACAAUGGACAAGCAAAAGGGGAAGGCGAGUGGGAAGGAGAAGGAGAAAGAGAGGACGUUGGACUCCAUUAUGAAGAGAAAGUUGCCGGUCUCGGGGAUGCAGAAGGGGAAUGAGAAGGGCAAUGCAGCAGCUACUACACGGCUGCCGAGGAAGCUGACAAAUGAUUCCAGCAAUGUCCCAAUCGCUGAGUUGUUGUAUAGGGUAAAAAAGAAACCUCCGCCUCGACGUCUCCCUGACCCCACCGGCGCUGGCGUGCGUGCCGGAAUCGCCGUUGCCUCCGGCUCCGCAAACUACUAUGAGAGGGAGGCUACAUCUUCGCAGGCAAUGGAGCAUGAUAAGCAAGCGGAGGAGGAUCAUGAAGAGGUGGAAGAGGAUGAGGAGGAGGACGAGGAAGAGAAAGAUACUUUGUUUGAGGUGCCGCCUGGGGUUGGUGACAAAUCAGAUUCAGAUGGGUUUGUGGAUAGUGAAGAAGAAGCCUUCGAAGGUGAUGACAUUCCGAGGAUGGUCUAG